AUGUCGGAUCUUCGGGCACCGCUAGUGAGGCCAAAGAGAAAGAAGACAUGGGUCGAUUACUUCGUCCAGUUCCGAUGGAUCAUCGUCAUCUUCGUGGUCCUCCCAAUCUCAGCCACACUCUACUUCCUCAUCUACGUCGGAGACAUGUGGUCAGAAUCCAAAUCCUACGAGAAACGCCGCAAGGAGCACGACGACAACGUCAUGAAAGUCAUCAAACGCCUCAAGGAGAGGAACGCCGCCAAGGACGGCCUCGUCUGCACCGCCCGCAAGCCCUGGAUCGCCGUGGGAAUGAGGAACGUCGACUACAAGAGAGCACGACACUUCGAGGUCGACUUGGGAGCGUUCCGCAACAUCCUCGAGAUCAACAAGGAGAAGAUGAUCGCUAGAGUCGAGCCUCUCGUCAACAUGGGACAGAUCUCUCGCGCCACAGUCCCGAUGAACCUCUCUCUCGCUGUCGUCGCUGAGCUAGACGAUCUCACCGUCGGUGGACUCAUCAACGGGUACGGUAUCGAAGGAAGCUCACACAUCCACGGCUUGUUCGCUGACACAGUCGAAGCCUACGAGAUCGUCCUCGCCGGUGGAGAACUCGUCCGUGCAACUAAAGACAACGAGUACUCCGAUCUUUACUACGGCAUCCCUUGGUCGCAGGGAACUCUCGGGCUCCUCGUGGCUGCGGAGAUCAAGCUGAUUCCGGUUAAGGAGUACAUGAGACUCAAAUACAUACCGGUGAAAGGAGAUCUCCAAACCGUAGCGCAAGGCUACAUGGACGCAGUGGCGCCACGAGACGGAGACAAGAGCAAGAUCCCUGAUUUCGUGGAGGGAAUGGUUUACAGUCCGGAAGAAGGAGUGAUGAUGGUUGGGAACUACGCGUCUAAAGAAGAAGCCAAGAAGAAAGGGAACAAGAUCAACAGCGUUGGGUGGUGGUUCAAGCCGUGGUUCUACCAGCACGCGGAGACCGCGCUCAAGAGAGGGGAGUUUGUGGAAUACUUACCGACGAGGGAGUACUACCACAGGCACACGAGGUGCUUGUAUUGGGAAGGGAAACUUAUUCUUCCGUUUGGUGAUCAGUUUUGGUUUAGGUUCCUCUUUGGUUGGUUGAUGCCUCCAAAGGUCUCUCUCCUUAAGGCCACUCAAGGUGAAGCUAUUAGGAACUAUUACCAUGACAUGCAUGUUAUUCAAGACAUGCUUGUUCCUCUUUACAAAGUCGGCGAUGCCCUUGAAUGGGUCCACCACGAAAUGGAGGUGUAUCCGAUAUGGCUAUGCCCACACAAACUCUACAAGACGCCAAUCAAGCAGCAGAUUUACCCAGAGCCAGGGUUCGAGUAUGAGAACAGACAAGGAGACACGGAGGAUGCUCAGAUGUUUACUGAUGUUGGAGUCUACUACGCGCCGGGUGCUGUCCUCAGAGGUGAAGAGUAUGAUGGGUCGGAGGCAGUGCGUAAGAUGGAGAAGUGGCUGAUCGAGAACCAUGGAUUCCAGCCGCAGUACGCAGUGUCUGAGCUGGACGAGAAGAGCUUCUGGAGAAUGUUUGAUGCUGACCUGUAUGAGCAUUGCCGCAAGAAGUACAGAGCUGUUGGAACGUUCAUGAGCGUUUACUACAAGUCGAAGAAAGGAAGGAAGACUGAGAAGGAAGUUAGAGAAGCCGAGCAAGCUCAUCUCGAAACAGCUUACGCUGAGGCUGAUUAA